AUGGAAAGGCUAAGCGGGCAACAACUGAUUCAGCAAGCUGCGGAAUUGAUCUCCCAAAACAAGCUGGAUGAGGCAGUCAAGAUUUUUUCAUUCUUGGUCGAAAAGUUACCCGAUGCCCCCUUACCUCUUUUGAUACAAUUGGAGAGAUAUGAAGAGGCAUUGGUCGACGCGAAAAAAAUUCUGGACCUACCCAACAUUCCAAUCGCGGACGAGAUAGCCCCCGGUAAUUCUACUUUACACUCUGUCGGAUACGUCAGAGCCGCCAAAUGUUACAAAGAACUUGGUCAGAUCGAAGAAGCCGAAAGGCUGUUGAAAAAGCGCGUUGAAAUUGAGAAAAAGGAGGUCAAACCAAAACCCAUCAAGGAAAUGCUUUCUGAAGAAAAAGACAAAAACGCGAGUGUUCCGACAAGCAGUCCGAACAAGUCCGUGGAAAGAUUAAGGUUACAAGGCAAUCAAUACUAUAAAUCUCAAAAAUAUGAAGCCAGUUUAAAUUCCUAUUUAGAGGCGUUGGAGAUAGACCCCAAUGAUCUGUUGGUGAAUUCGAAUUGUGCUCAGUCGUUGAUAAAGCUGGGACGAUUGGAUGAUGCGUUGGUGUAUGCUGAGAAUUGUAUUAGGUUGAAUAUGAAGUGGUCUAAAGGAUAUUAUAGGAAAGGAUGUAUAUUAUUUGAACAAAAGAAGUAUCAACUCGCGAUCUCCGCUUUUACAGCCGCCAAGGUAUAUGGCGCUGAUGAAUCUGAUAUUGAUAAAAAAACUGAGAUAGCACGUAAACAUUUGAAAUCCGCUAGUUUGGAUUUCAAUUCCCGUUCCUCUAUCACAAACUUUAUCACGUCCAGACUUUUUUCACUCUUUGCAAUAAUAAUAAUAGCGAUUCUUUCGGCUGUACUAUGUUAUCAUCUUAACUAUGACAUUUUUAGCUAUUUCGUGGGGGUGGUCAGAUACAUGUUUGAUGCCUAUUUUGGUGACAUUUG